AUGAAGACUGAAAAACGACAAGCUCUUAAUUUACAUGGAUUAGCUCCUAGCCGUGUUGAAGAUGUAGAAAUACAAAAACGUCGUGCUCUCAAAUUACUCCGUUCCAAAAAUACUAUGCUUGAAAAAUAUAUCUUCUUGGCUCAAAUGCGAACCAACAAUGUCCGUUUAUUUUACAAGAUUGUCAUUGAAGAAUUGGAAGAAAUUGCUCCUAUUAUAUAUACCCCUACUGUUGGUACUGCUUGUCAAGAAUAUUCCAAUAUUUACCCUUUCCUUGCUGGCCCUGGUGUACCUGAUGGAUUAUAUUUGACCAAGGAUUCCUUCUCCAAUCUUGUUGAAACUAUCAAAAGUUACAAACCAUAUGCUGAUGAGGAAUUUAAACCCGAUAUUGCUGUGAUUUCAGAUGGUUCUCGUAUUCUUGGUUUAGGUGACUUGGGUGUGAAUGGUAUGGGCAUCCCUAUUGGCAAGUUACAACUUUACGUUGCUGGUGCUGGUAUUGAUCCUCGAAAAACUUUACCUAUUAUUUUGGAUUUGGGAACAAACAAUGAAACUUUUCGCAAUGAUGAAUUCUAUUUGGGUUUACGCCAACCUCGUCCCUCUGAUGAUGAAUUCUAUGAAACAGUUGAUACCGUCCUUUCUGCUCUUCGUACUGUUUAUCCUGGUUUAAUGAUUCAAUUUGAAGAUUGGUCUUCUGAACAUGCUUUUGGACUUUUGGAAAAAUAUCAAUCAAAAAUGCUCUGCUUCAAUGAUGAUAUUCAAGGUACAGGUGCAGUGAUUCUUUCUGGGGUGAUGAAUGCUAUUCGUAGAGUUCAAAAAGAAAAUAAUGUAUUGCCAUCAGAUCAUCGCAUUGUAUUUUAUGGAGCUGGAUCUGCUGCUAUUGGUGUUGCUCGACAAAUUCAAGAAUACUUUACAACUGAACACAAUAUGACCGAAGAUCAAGCCAAGCGUCUCUUUUGGAUUGUGGAUAGUAAAGGAAUGGUGACAUUGGAUCGUGGUGAUAAAUUAGCUCAACACAAGAUUUAUUAUGCUCGUGACGAUAAUCAAGGUCAACAGAUCAAAUCAUCAUUGGAUAUCAUCAAUCAUGUCAAACCAACCAUUUUAAUCGGUUUAUCAUCCAUCCCUGGUGCAUUUACUAAAGAAAUCUUGGUGCGACUUGGUGAACUCAACAAGAAUCCAAUUGUCUUCCCUCUGUCCAACCCUGCUACUCAAGCUGAAUGUACCUUUGAACAAGCCAUGCAAGCUACUAAUCAUCGUGUGAUCUUUGCCUCUGGUACUGCCUUCCCUGCCUUUACUGAACCUGAUACAGGCAAGAAACACAUUCCUGGUCAAGGAAACAAUAUGUAUAUCUUUCCUGGUUUAGGUCUGGGUGCUGUUUUGGCUAGACCAUUAUCUAUCUCUGAUCGUAUGAUUUAUAUGGCUUCCAAAGCCUUGGCUGAUUCUUUAACUCCUGAAGAAAUAUCACAAGGUUGGUUGUAUCCUUCUUUACAACGUAUUCGUGAAGUAUCUGCUUUGGUGGCUACUGCUGUAUGUGAAGAGGCUUUAUCAGAAGGUGUAGCUCAAGAUUUAAAACACAUUGGUGACAAAUCUCAUGCUCAAUUAGUAGAUUACGUAUCUAGUCAAAUGUGGGUGCCCGUUAAUGAUGCUUAUGGAACAAGUCGUAUUUAG